AUAUAUAUAUAUAUAUAUACACAUAUAUAUACACAUAUAUACAUAUAUAUAGUUGUUAUGGAAAUUCUUUUACAAAUUUUUAAAAUCAAUCUUAAAAUGACGACAUGGUACCUCUAUAAUGUUUGUGUCUCCAAAGCCAGAAGAUCGUGGAUCUCACUCUCUAAAAUGAAACUUCAGGUAAACACGAAUAGUAUAAGGCACUACUUUCGCCCGCGUCAAUCUCAAAGGAGGAAUGAUACAGCUACCAUGUAUGAAAUUUAUCCGCAUUCUUUUUCGUAACGAAGUUCUCGUAAUCGUAAGAUAAGUCACUGCCCAUACACGUAAAGAAGCAGUUGCUGUCCCGUAAAAGAGACUAGAUGAUUGAGUAUAGAGUAACCAUAUAAAAUAGUACAUUAUGCUACUAGGGACAAUUUCAGAAGUGUCUAUAAAUAUAUAAAAUAUGAUAAUUAUGUAAAUUAAUAUGAUUUGAAUUUAGGUAGAUUGCGGGAUAGCGUGCGAGAAUUCAUGGAUGUUGCGGAAAAUAUUAGAAUAAUAUAAAUGAAAUUUGGUAAUAGAUUUUAUCCCAGGCAAGUAAAACUUUCGAAAACAUUGUGCUCGAUAUUGUUAAAUAAAUGCAUACGGUGUUGGUUUUUUAAUUUUUAUCUAUAGCGAAGAUCGUUUGUCAUCAAGCGAGACAACUUCCCAUAGAUAAAGUUGUUUCUCAGUUCCUUGUCGUUAGAGAGAUUACCCCCGGUGGUUAUACGAAUACUAUAUGAACGAUUCCGACGAACACCAGUGAAUCUGUUCACGUGCGUAUACGCAAAGAUAGCCUCGCAUGCAGGUGGAGAUAGUAAAAAUAUAUGUAUUUCACUUUCAAGCGUAUACUCGGGACACAAUGUUAGCGGGGAAAGCAGACUCGGGUAUAAAGUCUGCGGCAUACUGGGGGGAAGCAUCCAGUAAACUCUGGACUUCGGGCAUCGUGAGAACGGAAGCAUGAGAAUUUUGUUAUUAACGUUGCUGGGCCUUGUGGUCUUGGCAUCUUGCGAGAAGGAGGAAACGAAGAAGGUGUCCGAAGAGAAGGAAGCGGAAUCUUCUGCGACUGAGAAGAAACAGGACAAGAGAGGAUUGAUCCAUUCGGAAGGAUAUGGGCAUGACUUUGGUUCUGAGAUUGGCGCAGGUCAUGGUCUCAGUCUCGGGGAAGGUCAUGGAGGUUUCAUUGGCAGUAGUCACAUAGGUGGAGGUCACGGACAAGAUUUUGGAGGACACGGAGGUGGCGUAGAAUUGGGUGGUCAUGAAGGAGGUGGAAUCAGCUUUGAAGCUCACGGAGGCGGUAGCAUUGAGUUUGGUGGAGGUUACGGCGGUGGUGAUUAUGGUUCUGGAUCGUCUGGUGGUGAUGGGGGCAAGAUCAAGCAAAUCACGAUCGUGAAAAAUGUCAAGGUUCCAUAUCCGGUAGAGAAGAAGAUCCCUUAUCCAGUGGAGAAGGAAGUGCCCUAUCCAGUAAAGGUACCGGUACCACAGCCAUAUCCGGUCGAGAAGAAGGUACCGUAUCCAGUGAAGGUCUUGGUAAAGGUACCGGUACACAUUCCUCAACCUUAUCCAGUUGAAAAGAAGGUACCAUAUCCGGUUCACGUACCAGUUGACAGACCAGUACCGUACAAAGUCUACGUGCCUCAACCAUACCCAGUUGAGAAGAAGGUACACUACCAUGUUAAGGUACCAGUACCAGCACCAUAUCCAGUUGAAAAACAUAUACCUUAUCCCGUCAAGGUACCGGUUCAUGUACCAGCUCCCUUCCCAGUUGAAAAACCAGUUCCCUAUCCGGUUAAGGUACCAGUUGACAGACCUAUCCCUGUUCACGUACCUAAACCGUAUCCCGUAGCGUUCGAGAAACACGUACCGGUUCCCGUUGAGAAACCGGUUCCAUACCCAGUCAAGGUUCACGUAGAGAGACCAGUACCGGUACCAGUGGACAAACCGGUUCCGGUUCCUGUCAAGGUACCCGUACCUGCACCAUACCCCGUAGAGAAGCCGGUUCCUGUUCCGGUUGAGAAACCUGUACCGUAUGCCGUGAAAGUACCAGUGGAACGACCGAUUCCUGUUCCCGUCACGAAGCACGUGCCUUACCCCGUAGAAAAGCCUGUUCCGUAUCCUGUGAAGGUACCUGUAGCCGUACCUGUACACGGGGACUCAGGUUCCUACGAAGGUGGUGAUUAUGGAGGCCAUUACGGUGGUGGCGCUUCGUUCGGAGAUUACGAGUCUAGUUUCGGGGGACAUGCCGAUUCCCAUGGAUUUUAAUUAACUAGUACCUUUGUUACCGAUAUAAGUAUUUUUUAUCGUGCUAAUGCUGUUUUCAUUAUCUUCAUACAUAAUUUUUUAUAUUUUUGUUAGUUUGUGUAUACCGACUGAAAUCUUUUUAUACGGACUCGUCCAUACAACGAGAAUUUUAUAUACUUUCUAAUAAAACCAAAGAAGAAUUUAA